AUCAAAUCAAGUUUUUUUUUUCCCUCUACUUUUUCCAUUUCUGUCCUUUUAACUCAAUUUUUGAAUUUAGGGUGUAAUAAUAUAAUGGCAAGAAUAAUGUCAUCAGAGCCUCUGGUUGUUGGGAGAGUUAUAGGAGAUGUUCUUGAUUUCUUCAGCCAAAGCAUGAAGAUGUCUGUUUUUUAUAGCAACAAUAAGCAAGUUUUUAAUGGCCAUGAGCUCUUCCCUUCUGCUGUUGCUGCCAAACCUAGGGUUGAAAUCCAUGGAGGAGACUUGAGAUCUUUCUUCACUCUGAUUAUGACAGAUCCAGAUGUUCCUGGUCCCAGUGAUCCUUAUUUAAGAGAACAUUUACACUGGAUUGUGACAGACAUCCCUGGCACUACAGACGCCACAUUCGGAAAAGAGGUGAUAAGCUACGAGAAUCCGAGGCCAAACAUAGGAAUCCACAGGUUCGUGUUUGUUCUUUUCAAGCAGACGCGCAGACAAUCGGUGAUCCCGCCGUCUUCAAGGGAUGGCUUCAAUACUAGAGCCUUUGCUGCAGACAACAAUCUCGGCCUCCCCGUCGCUGCCGUCUACUUCAACGCCCAGCGAGAAACCGCCGCCAGAAGGCGCUAACGCCGCCGCGGCCGCCUUCCUUUCAAAAUAAUAAAAGGACUUUUCUAUGUGGAGAUAAUUAGAAGAAGGGAGGGAGCUUCAUAUGUAAAUAUGAAAAUUAAAAACCAAACAAUCUCAGUUGGGAAAUAAUUUGGAACAUGCAGAAAGGAGAGAAACGGCGUCGUUUAUUCGUUUCCUUUUUUUUGUGUGUUGCUUCGCUGGCUGCCUGCCGUUUGUGAAUUUCAUGUUCGUGGAAUGUGCUUUUAGUUUCAAAUAUUUUACCAUUACCAAGUUUGUGUUUUAGUUUGAAAUAUAUUUUACGGUUAAUUACAAGUUUUUACCGUGUUACAAGUUUGUGUUUUACUUUUAAUUUACUCUCUUUCAUUGUA